AUGGCACCAAACAGCGCCGCCAGAACUCAACCAAACCACCCGGACGAAAUCGGAAUCGACGCAACCCAAACUCAAAGCCAGAGGCCGAGGAAUUCGGGUCGCGCAAAGACUGGUGGACGUACCCCUGGUUCUCAGGGAUACAGCAAUACGGAUCACAUUGCUCUGGUCAACGCAAUCCGAAAGCAAAGGCAGCUUACCGGGAAAUUCAAGAACGAGCGCACAGCUAAUCUGUCGUCGAUCGCGGGCCCGAAGGUGUUGAUCUGGAGGAUGAGAGUGAUGACGAGAGGAACAGUGUUGGUGCACCUGUUCGAGAUUCAGAUUCAGAUGAUGAUGGUGAUGAAAACGUCAGGGUGGGUUUUAUCCGUCGAGCUCGGGCGGGUCCGCGCGUAUGGCAGCGGGAUUGUUUUUCAACCACCCAAACGAGUCCCCGUAUAUGGGCAAUGA